AUGGAACACAAUACAGUAACCUGCAUAUUACUGCUAUAUUCUGCAAUACAAUUAUUAUCAGCUGAAGAAGCUUACAUUAUUGUUCCUUAUGGUCAUAGUCCAAUUGGUAUGGAGAAAGUGAUCAUUCCCGCAGCACCUUCGGGAUUUCAACCACCAUUUCCAUGUGUGGUUACUGGAAUGGGUACAUAUGAACAUGGACAAACAUUCACAAAAGGACAUUUUCAUUACAAAUGUAGUAAUGGUACCGCUGAAGUUAUUGCGUGUGUAGCAGAUGACAAAUCGGUUAUACAUAUUGGUAGAAUGUUCAUUCGAGGUGGAAUAAGGCACAAGUGUGAAGUGUCAGGCGACACGGUGACCUAUGAACAAGAAUCAACGUGUUAUGACCACGGAAUUCAUUACGAAGUUGGAGAACAUUUUCGCAAUGGAUCUUUUUCGCUGGUUUGUCAAAAUGAUGGAAUUGUCAUCGAAGGUUGCUAUGCUCGAAAUACGGAUAUCACAAUUCCUGUCGGUUCACAACGAGUCAUAGACCAUUAUUUACACAAGUGUGAGAUGCUUGAACAAGGCCGAGUGCGAUAUACUGCCCACUUAAAUGGCUGCAAACAAGACAAUAAAUUUUUCAAUGAAAAUCAAAUAUGGAAGUCAGGUCACAUUCGAUAUCAGUGUACAUCAGAUGGAAUCGUUAGAGUACUAGGAUGUGUGGAUGACAAUGGUUUAUUUGUCGAACUAGGAAGAGAUAUCUUGAUCUAUAAUGUAGUAUAUCGAUGUUAUAGAGUUGACAGAACAACUGUUUACCACCGUUUCGAAUGUGUAGGGCGAACAUUAGCCGAAUGUAUUCUAAUGGCACCUAUGCCAAAUGCACCAGCGGUUUCUUAA